AGGAGAUGGAGGCGGCCAGUCGUGACGACAAGCCGUUCCUGCAGUUCGAGGGCGAGUGGGGCUCCCUGAAGCAGCACCGCCCCGAUGUCGAGCUCAGACUGAUCCCCGAGUCCCUCAUCAAGCGCAACGGAGGCCCCUUCAUCCGCAAGGGCGACAUCGCCCUCCUCCUGCCGGAGGGCGCGUCCAGCUGGAAGCAGAGCCUGCCCGUGGAGCUCCGCAACGAGUUCGACGGGAGCCUCAAGGACCCCCAUGUGCUGGAGGAGAAGCAGCGGGUCAUCAAGCUGAAGCACUGGUCGGUGACUCUGCCAGCAGGCGAGAUGUGCGAGCUCUUCCGCGCAACCACCUUCAACCUGGUGCCGCUGCGAAGCUCCUGCGUCACCCACGAUCGGCAGGCCGAGGCGGUGCGGAACAUGGCGAAGCGGGCCGGCGGGUGCAUCCACCCGGCCGUGCGCGCCAUGGUCCUCGAGUCCUGGGUCGCCGCGCACGGC